ACUCAUUUAUUAAACUUAAGCCUUAAAGAACUUUUUUAAGGUUCAUAGAGUUCACACAAAGAUUGGUUAAAUUAGGGUUAUACACUCGAAUCCCCUGUUGGGAACCAUACAACGUAUGAAGAUUUAUGGAAUUGCCACUGUAUAAAUAUAUAUAAGUCAAGGUAAAGAUGUACUGUAAUUGGGCAAAUUUUUAGAGGUCAUUGAAACAUACAUUGCCCUUUCUCAGGCCAUUGUGGUAGAGAGAGAGAAGUAAACACAAUAGACAGUCAGAGAGAGAGAAAACGAAAGCAUUCAGACCAAGGAGCCUCUGCAACUUCCUCCUCACCGCCAUUGAAAUAACUUUAUGGGACCAUCUCCAGGGUUUUCUCUUGUGUCUCGCCUGAUAGAAUCAGGCAAUCUUGGGGUCGCCAUUUUUGCUUCGGCUUGGCUUGAGGUGAAGAAGGACCAGGCAGUAAUGGUGUUUUUGUUCUGAUUUUUAGUUGGGGUAUUGGCAAAAUGAAGCAUAGUUUAAAGGACCCAGACGAAGCCAUGGCUUCUUCAUCAGGUGGGUCUUCGCUCGAUCAUCCCACCAUGUCUAGUAGAGUUGAGAAAUCGGUCGCUAGAGGUGGGGAUUAUGCUGAGGAGCCCAAAGAAGGCGGCCAAGAGUCUGUAAUUUUAGAGAGAACUGGAGAUUACUCAGCAAUCUGCAGAUGGACCAUAGCCCAAUUCUCUAAGGUAAAAGCGAGGGCUUUAUGGAGUCGAUAUUUUGAGGUGGGGGGCUAUGAUUGCAGGCUCCUGGUCUAUCCUAAGGGGGAUUCUCAAGCUUUACCUGGUUAUCUAUCAAUUUAUUUGCAAAUUGUGGACCCUAGGGGCUCCUCCUCUUCUAAAUGGGAUUGCUUCGCCAGCUAUAAGCUCUGUGUUCUUAACCAGAGAGAUGAGACUAAAUCGAUACAGCGAGACUCAUGGCAUCGGUUUUCUAGCAAGAAGAAGUCCCAUGGUUGGUGUGAUUUCACCCCAAGCUCGUCAAUUUUGGACCCAAAAGCAGGUUUCUUAUUGAAUGAUUCAGUUAUUAUAACAGUCGAUAUAUUGGUCUUGAAUGAAUCAGUUUUUUUCUCCAGAGACAAUGAAUUGCAGCCUGGUAUUGCCCCCUUACCUGACGUUCUUAGUGGGAAGUUCACUUGGAAAGUCCACAAUUUCUCUCUCUUCAAAGAGAUGAUAAAAACCCAAAAGAUAAUGAGCCCAGUUUUCCCUGCCGGUGAGUGUAAUUUGCGACUAAGUGUCUAUCAGUCUUCUGUUAAUGGGGUCGAGUAUUUGUCAAUGUGCUUGGAGAGUAAGGACACAGAGAAAUCGGUUCUUCCCGAUAGGUCUUGCUGGUGCCUUUUUAGGAUGUCAGUUUUGAAUCAAAAGGUGGGAGGGAAUCAUAUGCAUAGGGAUUCUUAUGGUCGGUUUGCUGCUGAUAAUAAGAGUGGAGAUAAUACAAGUUUGGGUUGGAAUGAUUAUAUGAAGAUGUCGGAUUUUAUGGCUCUUGAAGGGGGUUAUCUUUUGGAUGAUACUGCUGUAUUUAGUGCCUCAUUUCAUGUAAUUAAGGAAUUGAGCAACUUCACCAAGAAUCCAGGGCUCAUUGGGGUGAGGGCUAAUGCAAGGAAAUCAGAUGGGCACCUUGGAAAGUUCACUUGGAGGAUAGAAAAUUUCACAAGGUUGAAGGAUCUUCUUAAGAAAAGGAAGAUUACAGGGCUUUGCGUCAAAAGCAGGCGGUUUCAGGUUGGGAACAGAGACUGCCGGUUGAUUGUUUAUCCAAGAGGGCAAUCUCAACCACCUUGCCAUCUCUCAGUAUUUCUUGAAGUCACAGAUCCUCGAAACACCGCUGCAGAUUGGAGUUGCUUUGUGAGCCAUCGCCUAUCCGUUGUGAACCAAAGAAUGGAGGAGAAAUCAGUUACCAAGGAGUCACAAAAUCGUUAUUCCAAAGCUGCCAAGGAUUGGGGUUGGCGCGAAUUUGUGACCCUUACUAGCCUCUUUGAUCAAGACUCUGGGUUUCUUGUGAUGGACACCGUUGUAUUCUCUGCUGAGGUUCUUAUCUUAAAGGAAACAUCUACUUUGCAAGAAGCUGGGGAUUAUGAAAAUGAUUUGAACAGUAUAGGUUCCAAUUCUGGAUCGGUUGCACAAAGGGGGACUUUCACUUGGAAGGUAGAGAACUUUUUGUCCUUCAAGGAGAUCAUGGAAACCCGGAAGAUCUUCAGCAAAUUCUUUCAAGCGGGUGGUUGUGAGCUUCGUAUAGGGGUAUAUGAGUCUUUUGAUACUCUUUGUAUAUACUUGGAGAGCGACCAGUCAGCUGGGUCCGAUCCCGACAAGAAUUUUUGGGUCAGGUAUCGGAUGGCAGUUGUUAACCAGAAGAACCCCUCGAAGACUGUGUGGAAAGAGUCCUCUAUAUGCACCAAGACUUGGAAUAAUUCUGUUCUCCAAUUUAUGAAGGUUUCUGACAUGCUAGAGCAAGAUGCUGGUUUUCUUGUGCGUGAUACUGUGGUCUUUGUUUGUGAAAUCAUGGAUUGCUGUCCAUGGUUAGAGUUUUCAGAUCUUGAGGUAAUGGCUUCAGAUGAUGAUAGGGAUGCAUUGUCAACAGAUCCAGAUGAGCUUAUUGAUUCAGAUGAAAGCGAAGGGGCAAGUGGAGAUGAGGAGGAUGUUUUUCGUAACCUUCUUGCAAGGGCGGGGUUCCACCUCACCUAUGGAGACAACCCACCUCUUCUUUUAGACCCUUCACAACUUCAGGUCACUCUAAGAGAGAAGCUUUUAAUGGAUGCUGGUGCAAUUGCUGCUUUCCUAACUGGUCUCCGAAUUUAUCUAGAUGACCCAGCUAAAGUGAGGCGUUUGCUUCUUCCUACUAAGUUAUCAAGCUCUAAUGGUGGGAAGAAAGGUGCCAACAAAAACGAGUCUUCACCAAGCCUCAUAAAUUUGUUAAUGGGGGUUAAAGUAUUGCAGCAGGCAAUCAUUGACUUGCUCCUUGACAUCAUGGUAGAGUAUUGUAGGCCCUCAGAAGGAAGAAAGGAUGAUGACAGUUCUCACUCUAGGACCAGUGGGUUUCCAAAUGAUAAGGUUUCUUCGGAAUCUCGAGAGAGAAAUGGGGAAGGAAGAAAGGGAGAGGAUGGUUCUCAUGUAAGGUCCAGUGGUACUCCAAACGAAAAGAUUUCUUCGGAAUUCAGAGACAGAACUGGAGAAGGAAGAAAGGGUGAAGAUGGUUCUCAAGUGAGGUCCACUGGUGUUCCAAAUGAUAAGAUCGCUUCAGAGUCCAGAGAGAGAAAUGGGAUUUUGGAGCCUCUUGCCAAGCCUUUGGAUCAAAGGCUUGAUGAUGGAAGCUGCAAUGCGCAGGCAGUGCAGAGCUCUGAUUUGAUAAUGGCUGAGACAGUUGGUGAGGUAGUUCCAGGUCAGCCUGCUACCCCUCCUAAAGUAACUGCUGAAGAUCAUUUGUCAGCAGAUAAUCUCAGCCAUACUGCCAAGGCAAAGUGGCCCGAUCAAACUGAGGAGCUCUUGGGGUUAAUUGUGAAUUCUCUGAGGGCUCUGGAUUGUGCUGUUCCUCAAGGAUGCCCAGAGCCUCGACGAAGUCCUCACUCAGCACAGAAAAUAGCCCUUGUUCUUGACAGGGCUCCAAAACACCUCCAGCCUGACCUAAUUACGUUGGUGCCUAAGUUAGUGGAUCAUUCUGAGCAUCCACUUGCUGCUUGUGCAUUACUGGAUCGACUUCAAAAACCGGUUGUGGAGCUCCCUUUGUUGCUUCCAGUUCUUAGUUCUCUUAGUCAACUGGAGCUCAGCAAGGAGAUGUGGGAGCAAGUAUUGUUUCAAUCUUUUAAGUUAUUAACAAGCUUCAACGAUGAACCACUUGCUGCAACCAUCACCUUUGUUUUCAAAGCUGCUUCCAAAUGUCAGCUUCUACCUCAUGCGGUCAGAGCUAUUCGUGCUAGAUUGAGAAGUUUGGGACUUGGGGUUUCUCCUUCUGUGCUGACCGUUUUAAGGAAAGCAGCAACUACUCAGCCUGACACAGCCGAAGCCUUUCUAAGGGACAUAGGGUCAGAGAGUGAUCGUUUUGCCAAAGAUUUGACCACUCAAAGUGGGCUCUCUGAUGGUGAAUAUGGGUUUGGUACCCAACGAUUGCAUGAUGAUAUGGGCCUAUGUUGCCACGUGGCUGAUGUAGAUAUUCUUAUAGAGAUGUUGUCUAUUCCUUCCCUUGUUAUAGAAGCAUCCCAAGUCUGCGAGAGAGCCAUAGCGAAAGGUGUCUUUGAUGACCAAACGAUGCUUUUAGUCUUGGAAAGGCGACAUUCCAUAAGGCUCAUGAUGAUGAGUUCUCGACGUUUAGAGAGCACCACUCAAGAUAAAGAAACAGGUAUAUCAGAUGGUGCAAAGAGCCAACCAUUGUGGGAGGAAGAUGAUGAUUUCGCCCCUGUUCUUGGCCUUGCUGAGGCUUUGGCUCCCUCUAGAGACUCUAGAGUGAUGUGCUUUGUUAGGGGCUUAUAUGGUAUAAUGUUCAGGCUGUACAGUGAUGAGGGUUGUCGAGAGAGAUUAUUAAGGGGCCUUGUGGAGAGAGCAGCUAGUAGUGCAAAUAGUUGUCAAGAUGUAGACUUGGACAUGGAGAUUUUGGUAUACCUUGUUCGGGAGAAUGAGAUGACAGCAAGAACGGUGCUAAAUAUGAUGAGAGAGGUGGCGGAGCUUGCAAGUGCAGAUCGUGCAUCUCUUUGGCAUCAGUUGUGUGCCACUGAAGAGGAAAUUAUUCGUGCCCGUGAAGAAAUGAGAACUGAACUAUCGAAUCUUCUCAAAGACAAGGUCUCUUUAACUCAAAGGCUAAACGAAUCGGAGGUUCUGAAUACUCGCCUUAAGUCUGAAAUGAAAGCUGAACAGGAUUGUUUUGGCCGUGAAAAGAAGGACCUUUGUGAGCAAUUCCAGGAAGUCGAAAAUCAGCUUGAGUGGGUUAGAGUGGAACGAUUAGAGGAGGUUUCUAAGCUCUCUGCUGAUAAGAAGUCCUUGCAGGAACGUCUUCAUGAUGCAGAGACGCAACUUUCACAGUUGAAGUCUCGGAAAAGAGAUGAGUUGAAGAGAGUAAUGAAGGAGAAAAAUGUACUGGCUGAGCGGCUGAAGAAUGCAGAAGCUGCAAGAAAAAGGUUCGAUGAAGAAUUGAAGCGCUUUGCAACUGAAACAGUAACGCGAGAGGAAGUGAGGCAGUCAUUGGAGGAUGAAGUUCGACGCUUAACACAAACGGUUGGCCAAACUGAAGGGGGUUUGAGGGAGAAGGAAAAGCAAGUUGCCCAGUGUGAAGAGUACAUAAACAACAUAGAAUCAAAACUACAAACUUGCGAGAAAUACAUACAGGACCUUGAGGCAUCCCUACAGGAAGAGAUGUCUCGCCACGCUCCCCUUUAUGGAGCAGGCCUCGAGGCCCUCUCCUCCACUGAGCUCGAGACUGUUGCCCGCAUCCACGAGGAAGGUCUCCGGCAGGUCCACACCCUCCUCCACCAGCGCAAGGCUGCCUCCUCAGCAGGCCCCACCCCUGAGGUCCUCGUCAUGAACAUGGACCCACUUGUGGGCCAUGGUCCAGGCCCACCAAUAAGUCUCUUUGGGGGCCCACCUGGCACACCACCACCAUCUAUGGCUCUUGGUGUUCCCCCUCUGAUCCCUAAUGGCCAUCACCACCAUCAUCACCACCACCCCAUGCAAGGAAAUGGCCACAUUAAUGGGCCCCACCAGGGCCAGUGGUUCCCUUCAACCUGAACCCGCCUUGGCUUUGAGGGGCCCCAUUUUCUUAUAUGCCAUCCUUUUUCGGCAUCUCGUGUAAUUCUUUUGUUUUCUAAGUGUAUUGAUCGAUCGACGUGGCUUUUCUUCUUUUUUCAGUAUAAUGGGACGACGACCCCCACCCCUACACAAGGGUUUUUCGUGGCAUAGCUGUUUCUCGGUUCAGCCCGUUCCAUUUGUACAGGUUGGUGCCCCUCAGAGUAGGGAUAUUUUGGUCAGUAUACCUUUUCUAGAAAGUUAGGUUA